UCUCAACUGUCAGGCUCAGAAUACUAUAAAUAGCAACCGCCUUGUGUUUCACUCCGCCCCUCUGCCACCAAUUUAAUUAUUUUCGCUGGUAAAAUUAAAGCUUAUUUUCCUCCAUGUCAAGUUCAAAGGGAAGUCGCAAAGGAUCAAAACCAACUCAUAAUUCUCGUCGCCAAUUCAAUAAUCAAAAUUGGGUAAUCAAAUCUCCUCUCAAUCAAAAUCCAAUUGAUCCAAUAGAAGUUUCAAAACAAGAAUCCAUUUCAGAGUUUAUUCCAAAAGACCAAAAAAAGCCUCAGAAUCACAAAAAUUCCAAAAGGGUAUCCAAGAAUGGGCGUGCUCAUGUGGUUAAUGGAAACUUCGAGAAGAAAGAGGAUGAAGUAGAUAUUGUAAAACAAGAAAGUGCUAAAGAGGAAGAAAAGAGUGGUGAAAGUGUAGAGAAAGUGAAAGUUGAGGGGCCUGUUUUGUAUAAUAAUGAUGUUGAUUGUAUUUGGAGACGGCUAGAGGAGCUGCAAUUGGGUGCUGAGGAGCCCGAGUUAUCGGCUGAGCAGCUUAGAAUCAAUGAUCAAGCUCAGGAAGAUGAGUUACUAGUGCUGGAAUCAAUUUAUGGUGACAAUGUAUUCAUUCUUGAUAGACAAAAUGGCCUACGAUCUUUUCAGAUUCAUAUACAUAUUGAAGUUCCUGAUGGGCUGACGGUGUUUGUAAAUUUAAGUUCCUCUGGUGCUCUAGGAAUAUCAGAGGAUAGUUCACCUGAGUGCUCAUACUCCUUCAAAGUUGAGCAUUUACCACCAAUUGUGUUAACAUGUUUAUUACCUAAAUCAUAUCCGAGCCAUCUUGCUCCUCACUUUACAAUCUCUGUCCAGUGGUUGGAUUCGGCAAAAAUUUCCUCUCUUUGCUCCAUGCUUGAUUCAAUCUGGAAGGAACAAUUAGGUCAAGAGGUUAUAUACCAGUGGGUGGAAUGGUUGCAUAGCUCUUCUCUUUCUCAUUUUCAGUUUGAUCAAGAAAUAAAGUUAGGUUUUUGUGCCAAGAGUCAUAUUGGAGAUCGCCGAGCAAUUUCAGGAACUGUCUCACCAGAGGUUGAUAUCCCCUCACUCAAGAACUAUGACGAGGAACAACGCCAUGAGAAUUUCCGUAGAAACAUUCAUCAGUGUUGCAUAUGUUUCAGCGAAUUUCCUGGUAUGGAGUUUGUGAGGCUGCCAUGUCAACACUUUUUCUGCUUGAGUUGCAUGAAAACUUACUCCGAUAUACAUGUCAAGGAAGGUACAAUCAGUAAGCUUCUGUGUCCUGAGGCAAAAUGUGGAGGUAUGAUUCCUCCGGGUUUGCUAAAGCGGUUACUCGGUGAAGUGGAGUUUGAACGUUGGGAAUCAUUGAUGUUACAGAAAACGUUGGAAUCAAUGUCUGAUGUAUGCUACUGCCCAAGAUGCGAAACAGUAUGCAUCGAGGAUGAAGAUGUGCAUGCCCAAUGUGCAAAAUGCUUCUAUAGUUUUUGUACAUUAUGCAAAGAGAAGCGUCAUGUCGGAGUUACGUGCAUGACACCAGAAAUAAAGCUUCGUAUUUUGCAGGAGCGACAGAAUUCAUCUCAACUGAAAGAUGACCAAAGGCACCGUGAGAAAGAAAUAAUCAAUGAGAUUCUCAGUAUGAAGGAAAUUCACCGUUCCGCGAAGCAGUGCCCUUCCUGUAAGAUGGCUAUCUCGCGAACCGAGGGCUGCAAUAAGAUGGUGUGCGAUAACUGUGGAGCAUAUUUCUGCUAUCGUUGUAAUCAGGAAAUUGAAGGAUAUGAGCACUUCAGGGAGGGGAAAUGUGAACUUUUUCCACCAGAAGCAAUUCAGAUGUGGGAAGAGAGGAUUAAUCAUCGCCAAAUGGUUGGUCAGAUUCAAGCUCAAAUCCAUGCUAAUCAUGGUCAUCCAUGCCCUAAUUGUGGCCAAAUGAAUGCAAAGGUUGGCAAUAACAAUCACAUAUUCUGCUGGGCGUGCCAAAAUCAUUAUUGUUACCUUUGUAGAAAGAAUGUAAAACGAAGCUCCCAGCAUUAUGGACCUAAGGGCUGCAAACAACAUACUGCUGAAUAGUCCGAAAGAAAAUUUCAAUUUAAGGGGAUUUCUCCCAGAAAAUUUCAUUGAUCUUUGCUCAUUGAAGUCCAUAUUGUUCGUUCGUGCUUAAGGCAGAGGUUGAUGGUUAUGAUCCUAGCUAUCACCGAAGGACUCUUCUCCUAUGUGAUAUAUAUGGCAUUUUCACAGCAGUUGUGAGGGGAUACAGUAGCGUACGCAGAACUUUGUGCAAGUUCGUUUAGACAAAACUUUGAGGAAUAGUAAGGGCGACGCCGACAUAACCAGCAGAUUUUAACCACUGCUCUUUUUUUUCUUCAAAAAGAUAAAAGAGUUUUGCUGAGUUUUAAAUUAUCUUUGGGGUAGGUUCAUAUCAUUCAGUGUCACAAGUUGUCAUUACUCUUUUUUUCCUUUUUGUGGCUUGGCUGUCUUGGAGCAACGGUAAAGUUGUCUCUGUGUGACGUAUAGGUCACGGUUCGAACCGCGGAAGCUGAUGCCUUAUGCACCGGGCCGCAUUUUUGUCCUGGCUGUCAAAUUUGUCCCAGAGAAAUAUCUUCAAUGUUGUAUUGCAUACUUAUUGGAUGGAGAGGGAUAUGUUUAUUUAUGUAAACUUGAAAGUGCCAAAUUGAUACCAUUUCAUUGAAAUAUGUGAGCAUGGUUUAUUUGCUAUUGGGCCAA